AUGGCUCCCAGCAACGCUCUCAUGGUCCACAUGGAGGAAAAACUGCUGCCCAAAGAAAAGAAUAAACUGAGGAAACCAGUGGUGGAGAAAAUGCGGCGGGACAGGAUUAACAGCAGCAUCGAGCAGCUGAAACUGCUCCUGGAGAAGGAGUUCCAGAGGCACCAGCCCAACUCCAAGCUGGAGAAGGCUGACAUCCUGGAGAUGACUGUCAGCUACCUGAAGCAGCAGAGCCAACUGCAGGACCAAACAUUCAUCCACAAGAGCCCAGAGCAGGACUUUAACAGUGGAUACCUGCGGUGCCUCAAGGAAGCGAUGCACUUUCUGUCCUACUAUGAGCCCAAGAAGGAAACUCAGGUUCAGCUCAUCAAGCACUUCUGCAAAGCUCAGCUGGGCUCAGACACCUCCUGCUCUCCAGCCCUGCGCAGCUCACCUCUGUCUCCCUGUGUGUUCACCAGAAAACAGCCUGCCCAGAAGAGUGUGGCUGCUGCUCCCACCAUCUGGAGACC